AUGGAAAGCGAAAAAAGAUGGGCUAAAGAUCAGAAGACUUCAAAUGAAAGUUAUACGUUUGAAAAAGAAGGUUCAAAAUUUAACUGCCUUAAUUACAGAAUUGGAAACCAAACAUCUUAUACAGGGAGAGGAUUCCGAAAUUUUAUCUUCAAUAAAUGUAAAGUUGAAAGACUUGGUUGGGCGUCAGCUAUCAAAAAUUAA